GCUGUCCUCUCCCGAUAACCGCCACCAACAAGUCUGUUGUUGGUCAAGCAAGGUGACAUACAUCACAUCACACACUGCUGGUCACAUCACUGCUGUUGGUUGCAGACGAGCGAGCGAGCAAGCGAGCGUUGUCGACACCAUUCACACGUGUACGACGAGAUGGGGAAAGAAGAGAGAGCAGCGCCAGCUGCAGCAGCAGAAACAGCAGCAGCGACAGCAGCAACGAGCACAGCUACAGCAGUGGCCAAACCAGGCCUGCUGCGCAAGAUCAAGUUCUACGUCAAGUUCACGCUCGGCAUUUCCGUGUUCUUGAUAUUGCUGUUCCUGGUCGUGGUUCCCAUUACGGUGGUUCGGAGACUCCUUGGCAUCCAGCGUGGCCUGCCCGCAGACCUGCUGUGGAUUCCUGGCGAGGCAUCGCUGCCGUUCAUCGGCGUCAAGUACAAGCUGGAAGGCAGGGUUGACCUCAUCCGAAGCGGGCACCAGCCGUACAUCUUUGUCCUCAACCACCAAAGCCAGCUGGACAGCAUGGUGAUGGCAACCAACGUGCCAACAGACAUGGUGAUUGUGGCCAAGCGGUCGUUGUUGCUGAUGCCCGGCAUCGGGUUCAUCCUCUGGCUCACCGACGCCAUCCUCAUCGACCGCAAGAACCACGCCUCCAGCGUCGCAUCCAUGGCUGCCGCUGCACAGCGCGUGACUAAUGACAAGCUGAGCGUGGCUGUGUUCCCAGAGGGUACACGCAACCGCCACGGCGGCCUCUUGCCGUUCAAGAAAGGCGCCUUCCAUCUCGCCCGUCAAGCCAACGUUCCUGUUGUGCCGAUUGUGUUGUCGGAGUACACGGACCCGACGACUGGCAUCUACAACUCGGACGUCUUUCUCUUCUCCUCCGGCACUAUCACCAUUCGCGUCCUCGAUCCAAUCCGCCCACACACAGAGCCGACGGUCGAGCGGUUGCGCGAUCGAACACGCGCCGCCAUGAGCGCCGCACUCGUGGACAUGAACCGGAGCAGCGGCACCGCCCACAAGGCCAAGAAGGCACAAUGACAACGCGUGGUGUGUUGACACAUCACAACACAAAACACGAGCAAGCGCGCGAUGGCAGUGCUUUGAAACAACACGCGGCGUGGUUGGUAUUUGUCUCCUUUCAUCUUGGGUAUUCAUGCAGACACACAAACUCACAGGCACAGACAGAAACACACAGACACACAGACAGACACAUACAGACACACGCGCACACACAUACACGCACACACACUCUCUCCCCAUUCCACGACCAUCAUGAGCCAGCCAGAUGUUACAGCCCAUGCCCUCUUUGUGUCAGCCCAUGCGUGCAGUUUUGUUUUUGAAUGCUUUUAAGACAUUGUGUUGGGUAGCAGCGCAAUACAGCACAGCAAGAC